UUGAACAAUGCGUUUUUACAGAAAUGCCACCUAAUUUGACUACCUAAUCAAUAAAAAAUAUACCUACAUGCUUACUACUUCAGUGAAUUUACCUACAGAGUUUAUUCAUUUAUAUAUCAGCAAUUGCAUCUCUACAUGUGAGACUGUUAAGGACAAAUAUAUGCAGUCACGUCUGGUGCGUUUAGUUUGUGUUUUUUUGCAAUCACUUAUCAGGAACAAAAUAAUUAAUGUCAAAGAAUUAUUAAUUGAAAUCGAAGCUUUCUGCGUAGGUUUCAGCCGAAUAAAAGAAGCUGUAGGUUUAUAUAGGCUUCUAAAGAAUUUGGAACUUGGGGAACAUGGCUCUAGUGCCAACAACGGAAGUUUAACUUAUUCUACGAACAAAAAUGAAACUAUAUCUCCAAAAUAAUUUUAUUUAUAUUUUACGAGUAAAGUAAAUUGUUUUGAGAUGCUAACAAGUAAUUAAAAUAAAAUAGUGUUGUCUUUGCAUAUACAUAUCUUAUAUAGUAUACAGUGCACAAAACAAAAACAAACUUCUACAGGAAGAUGGUUUGACUAUGAACUGACUUGUCUUCUAAACUAUAAGAACUUUUUAGUUUCAUUCACUAAUGUAUAAAAGUCGCUUCAUUUAUUUUUAUAAUGUUAUUGAAAUUUAUUACUGAAAAUCCAGUGUGCUUAAAAAAUUAAAAAAAUCCAUAAUAAUUUAAUUUUCGAAGACCAAAUAGACUUGUACAGGUUACAUAAAACGAAAUCCUUUCAGGAAAAUUACUACUUUGUAUGUGCAAUAGACACUAUUGAAAUUGAAUUGUUAUUUAUCGGUCAGCGGUUAGACUUCUUUACGUCAAAUAAAUCAACGACCAUCAGAUCUGUCAUCUGUAAAAAGUAUUACUCUUUCGAAUGUAGAAAAUAUUUUACAAUAUUUCUCUUCGAUAAGUGUCUUUAAUUUUAUCUUAAGGCGUGUAAUAUGUUUUUGGGCCUCUACUGUACUUCAUAUAGCCUUUCUUUUUCAAUUAGCAAUAGUUACAUAAUUAAUUUAACAGGGAGUAGAGUUAUCAAUGCUUUAUUGGGAUUGUACGAUUGUGAACGGUUUGUUUGACUCCAAAUCAGAGAUAGGUACAAUCAGCACUGGGUUAUAAUUAGAGAAGAGGGAGAGAUAUAUCCCCCGAUAUUUAUAGGAGUACAAAGGAAUGUAAAGUAACGUAACUUUAAAGUAAGAAUUAACAAAGAUACUAAGAAACGGAAAUGAAAUGUAUUCUAAAAGAGAGAUUAUAAAUAGAAAGUUGUGAUGAAACAGAAUUGCCAGAUAAGACUUAACAUUAUUAGAAAAUGAACUUAAACAUAACAUAAAUAGUCUUAAACAUACUACCCGGUCGAGUCGGUUGAAUCGAAAUCCAUUUUCUCUAGGAAUAGGCAUAGUUUCAGGAAAUAUCAUUGAACACGCAUAUUUAUCAAUAAAGCCGAAAUAUAAUUAAAAAUAAAUAUCAUUUUCAAGGUACAUACAUACAUAUGUAUGUACAUAUGUACAUAAACAUAGUCAAGCAUUUACAUGAAAUGCACUUCAAAUAAUAAAAAAAAUUCAUGGGACAAAAG